AUGCUGCAGAGUACCGCCAUCCGUUCGUUGUUUCGGUCUUCCGUGCUGUGUAGUCGCACUCCAAUGCUUGCACAUCGUCUGAUUCGUCCAUCAUCGUCUUGUUUGCCUCAUACCGCUUCCUAUAGCUUCCGUUUUGGUGAGCAGAGCUCGUUUGCCAAGAGUCUCCAAACCCAUUCGUUCGCCUCGUUCCCGAGUAACGACGAGGAGCUUCAAAGCAGUGGAAAGAGCAAGAAACAGCAGAUACAGGAUCUUAUGGAGGAGAAUGCAGCAUUGAAAAAUGAGCUCAAGGCAUUGAAGGCCGAGGUGGCGAAGAAACCCAACAAGUUCUUAGGAACACUGCAGCAAUACGGUCUGCCAUUCCUCGCGUGGUGGACAUCACUAUACCUUGUGUCGGGUGUAUCCAUCUAUGCAGCAUUGGAUAUGGGUCUUAUAUCAGGCACUAGUAUCAUUGACUUCAUCAUGCAGAUAGGGCUGGAUAAAAUCAUUGACCCGGCGAGACUGGACCCGACCUAUGGCAACAUUGCCAUUGCAGUGAUCGUGAACGAGUGCCUUGAGAUCAUCCGUUUUCCCAUUACGCUAGCGACGCUGCCUUAUGUUAAGCGUGUCUUUUCGCGUGCAAAAGUGGAGGAGACUAAGUAA